UCUCAGCCGCACUCUCAUGAUCUUGAGAAGUAAAUGAUUUGUGAAAUUUUAUCCACCCAACCUAUAAAGAAAUACAGAAAUGCUAGGUUUUUAUUUUACCAAUAAAGUAUUAAUAGAUAAAAAAACAUAGACAUGUGGGUAACAGAGGUUCCGGAGAGUUCCAUUCUACGUAUGCUGUAGAAAGAAUGAAAUAAAAACCCCUUCUUUUAUCAUCACUGAGUUUCUACCCUAUCAAACCCUAGUCUUCCCCUUGUUUGCGCUUCUUAUAAACGUGCUUUAGAAUCCAUUAGUGUUACUUAUAGUACCUUAGGAACCUGUUUGUUUUAUUGAGUUUCAAGUUCCUUGUUUUGUCGGUUUUUGUAAACUUGAGAAGAAAGUAAGGUAUGGCUUCGAACAAUAUCGAGAAAGGCAACGAUAAUUUGUAUUCUCUUCUGGGUCUGAAGAAAGAAUGUACGACCACGGAGCUCCGUACUGCUUAUAAGAAGCUAGCUCUUAGAUGGCAUCCAGAUCGUUGUUCAUCAACGGGGAACUUGGAGUUUAUAGAUGAAUCAAAGAAGAAGUUUCAGGGCAUCCAAGAGGCCUACGCUGUUCUGUCUGACUCCAACAAGAGGUUCCUCUAUGACGUUGGAGCUUAUAAUACUGAUGAUGAUUCUGACCAAAACGGAAUGGGAGAUUUCUUGAGCGAAAUGGCGGUAAUGAUGAAUCAGUCAAAGCCUAGUGAGAAUCAUUCAGGAGACAGUUUCGAACAUUUACAAGAUCUGUUUCAUGAGAUGCUUCAAGGAGAAGCAUUCGCCUCGCCAUCGCCAUCGCCAUCAUCUUGCUAUGCUUCGACUUUCACUUCCUCCUGUAGCUUUGUCUUUGACUCAAAUACUCAGCAGUCACCGUUUAAGACAACAAGUUCGAUGGGGAUUAAUGAUCCUUUCGCAUUCGACUCCAGACCUCACACCUUCUCUUUAGGGGUGGAACAUCAGCAGGACUUCAAGAAGGGGAAGAACAAUGGUGGGAGAAGAAGCAGACGAAAGAACAAUGCUCAAUCUGCUUCUCACCAAACGUCGUCGUCCAACAAUUAUGGAGUCCCCACUUCAUAGCCUCUCCAGUCCCAUAUUUUUGCUAGCUCACCUCCACAUUUGUCGACUAGUCAGUCACACAUAAGAGGACUGGUUCUUGUCCAACAAAAGCGUUGCCGUUUUGUAAACUACCCACCUCUUUAGUUCUCUCUCUUACAUUGUGAUUGCAUUGUUGUCAACUCAGCAAGAAGAGUCGUUAAGACCAUUGAGAUUAUAGCUGUCAAAUGGUCCGUCCAUGGUCCAAAUGGGCAUGACCAGUUGGACCAUUUCAGUUUUGGGCAAUAAUGGUUGGUUCAUAUUGGACAAUGAUCCAAACAAAUGUCCAAGACCAAAUGACCAAUAGAAACCAUGUCCAAAUGGGCAUGCCCAUGUACACCAAUAAAAUUUAUAAUUAUUUUUUAAUUAUUA